AAUGACAAUGGCAAUCGAGAAAGAAGGGUAAGCGCGGCACUACCCGCUUGCGCAUGCCAAGACUUCAACCCGUUCAGGACAACUGUUGGAGCUCAGUAUGAUGGAAUAGUGAAGAGGGUCCCAAUCGUGUAAGGACAGUAGUCUCAGGACUGAACCGCAUUACCAUCUCCAUCACUGCCACGACCAUUGCGAUCGGAGGUGAGCAGGAGGAACAUCAAGCAGCCGUCUAGCAGCUUGCUCGCAUGUAAAAGUGCAGCUUGUCGAUAGCAACUCCUCGUCGUCCACCUCGGACGCCAUUGGCCCCAUUGGGCAACACCACGAUCGACUAUGGCUGUCGACAAUGGCGCCGACUUCUUCUUCAAAGGCGAAUCCGGGCGCAACACUCGUGGACUUCUUCGCCUCGUCAUUCUUGUGACAAUUGCCGCUGCUGCCGUCGCGGCUCGCCUGUUCUCGGUCAUUCGCUUCGAGAGCAUCAUCCACGAAUUUGAUCCCUGGUUCAAUUUCAGAGCUACGAAAUAUCUCGUCGCCAAUGGCUUUUACAAAUUUUGGGAUUGGUUCGAUGACCGAACAUGGCAUCCGCUUGGUCGUGUCACCGGUGGUACACUCUAUCCAGGUCUGAUGGUCACGUCCGGUGCCAUUUACCACGCCCUCCGUUUCCUUACCCUCCCGGUGGACAUUCGAAACAUUUGCGUCCUUCUGGCACCCGCUUUCUCUGGAUUGACCGCCUGGGCGACCUACUUGCUCACCACUGAGAUGAGUGAGAGUCCGUCCGCAGGUCUGCUUGGCGCUAUCUUCAUGGGCAUUGCACCGGGUUACAUCAGCCGAAGUGUUGCGGGGUCUUAUGACAACGAAGCCAUCGCCAUUUUCUUGCUGGUCUACACUUUCUACCUCUGGAUCAAGGCUGUAAAAGUUGGAAGCAUUAUGUGGAGUGGUCUGGCGGCACUGUUCUACGGCUACAUGGUCAGCGCAUGGGGAGGUUAUGUCUUCAUCACAAAUCUGCUGCCAUUGCAUGCGUUCGUUCUCAUCUGCAUGGGUCGGUUUAGCCCGCGCCUCUAUGUGAGCUACACAACAUGGUAUGCGUUGGGCACGUUGGCUAGCAUGCAGAUUCCAUUCGUUGGUUUCUUGCCAGUCAAGAGCAGUGAUCACAUGGCUGCAUUGGGUGUCUUCGGUCUGAUUCAACUUGUCGCAUUCACGGAGUACAUCCGUGCCCAGUUGCCUUCCAAGCAAUUCCAGUUGCUCCUUCGGGCGAUGGUGCUUGUUGUGUUCGUCGUUUCGCUCGGCGGUCUCGUCCUGCUCACAGUCUCUGGCACCAUUGCACCAUGGAGUGGCCGCUUUUACUCUCUUUGGGAUACCGGAUAUGCCAAGAUUCACAUUCCCAUCAUCGCGUCAGUAUCGGAGCAUCAACCGACCGCUUGGCCGUCUUUCUUCUUCGACCUGAACAUGCUGAUUUGGCUUUUCCCUGCCGGGGUCUACAUCUGCUUCCAACAUCUAAGGGACGAACAUGUCUUCAUUGUCAUCUACGCCGUUCUCGCCAGUUACUUCGCUGGCGUCAUGGUUCGUUUGAUGCUCACGCUCACGCCCGUCGUCUGCGUGGCUGCAGCCCUAGCUUUGAGCAGAAUUUUGGAUGCGUUCCUCGUCAAGACACAGCCGGAACCUCCAACUGAGAAAGCCGCAGCUAUCGCCGCCGCCGCAGCGAAAGAAAGGGCUGCUUCGGCUUUCUCCGAUACGCUGAAGUCUACACAGGCCCCUGUGAUCGGCGUUUACAGCUAUCUUUCCAAAUCGAUGAUCAGCGGCGCCAUCACCGCCUAUUUGCUUCUCUUUGUUUUGCACUGUACCUGGGUCACAUCCAACGCGUACUCGUCGCCAUCAGUUGUUCUCGCCUCGCGCAUGCCAGAUGGAAGCCAACACAUCAUUGAUGAUUACCGUGAGGCCUAUUACUGGCUCCGCCAGAACACCGCUCCUACAGCCAAGAUCAUGAGCUGGUGGGAUUACGGCUACCAGAUUGGAGGUAUGGCCGACCGACCCACGUUGGUGGACAACAAUACAUGGAACAACACGCACAUUGCUACCGUCGGCAAGGCCAUGUCGAGCAAGGAAGAAGUCUCGUACCCUAUCAUGCGCCAGCAUGAGGUCGACUAUGUCCUUGUGGUGUUUGGUGGUCUGCUCGGGUACUCUGGUGAUGACAUCAACAAGUUCUUGUGGAUGGUCCGAAUCGCUGAAGGCAUCUGGCCCAACGAGGUCAAGGAGCGUGAUUUCUUCACGGCGCGCGGCGAGUAUCGUGUCGAUGAUGAAGCCACACCAACCAUGCGCGAAUCCCUCAUGUACAAAAUGAGCUACUACAACUUCGACAAGCUGUUCCCAGCGGGUCAGGCGCAAGAUCGUGUUCGUGGCUCGAAGCUGCCGGCGGUUGGGCCUGAGCUGUCUGUCUUGGAGGAGGCGUUCACUAGUGAGAACUGGAUCAUUAGGAUUUACAAGGUUAAAGACCUCGACAACCUCGGACGUUCGCACCAGGAUGCCAUCAGCUUCGGCAAGGGGGGCAAAAGAAAGAAGGCUGGCAAGAGGCGUGGGCCGAGAGUCCUUCGUGUAGAUUAG